AUAAAGAAUUAUUUACGCUUUGUUAAUCAGUUAUUACAUCAAGCAGUCGGGAUGAACUCAGUUGUUUUAUUUUUGUCAGUGUUAGCUAGAUGUUGUGUAAACAGUUUAGUUUUAGAACAACAAACGGAUCAAGAUGUUCUGCAGUUGCUUGUUAAACUGGAAGCAAAAGUAACAACGCUAGAGGACAAGAUAAGAGUAUUAGAGGAAUCAGGGAUUUCAACGAAGAAAGAACCGAGUCCGGCAUUCAUGGCAACUCUAUCACACAGGGUUGAAACUUGCGCCACCGAUCAGCCACUGAUUUUUGACAAUGUAAGGCUCAACAUAGGAUCUGGCUACGACCAAAGACAUGGACUGUUUAGAGCGCCAAGGAAUGGAACUUAUCAAAUCAGUGCUACCUUAACUGCUACACCGAAUACCCAGUACCAUGUCGCAUUUGUUAAAAACAUGGCAUCAAAUCAUGUUGGUUAUCUUUUUGUUGAUAAUAUCAGCAUAUGGUUAGAAAGAAGUACGUCGCUAGUAAUGCACCUAAAUGCUGGCGAUGAUAUUUGGUUGUCAUGUAUCUAUGGCAAUAGUGCUAUUCAUGGCUACCAAACUGGCAAAGCAAAUGACUACGAUUCACAUUUUCAGGUUUUAUGAUCAGUGAGGAUUGAUAUUCUUAAUAGUGAACAAUGACGGUUUUUGCUGGAACUCUCCUAGUAAAGUAAAUGUAAAAAUAACUCUUUAACUGUUUAACUUCGUAAUUUUAAAGUCUGAUUCAUUUAAGCAGCUAUUAUAUAGAU